AUGACCCCUGCACACCUCGUACAAGGCCAUCGCAUUACAUUCCACUACGUUUCGACUUCCGGCGUGGCACAUUUGAGCGGUCUCACUGAGUUUUCCGAGGUCUCAGCCGCUGCUAAAGCCCCGCCAACCGACGGUUCAGACGGAUAUGUGGCAUCCAAAUGGGCGAGCGAAGUAUUCCUUGAGAAGCUGCACAUUGCCACUGGUCUUCCAAUAUGGACCCAUCGGCCAUCGAGCAUCAUGGGCGACAAUGUGGCACCGACCGACCUCAUGGGCAGCUUAUUCACGUACAGUCUGAAACUGCACGCUGUGCCCGUUCUUCGUGGUUUUGACAAUGCCAACGCGGGCGGGUUCGCGGAUCUCAUAGAUGUGGACAAUGUUGCGACUGGCAUUCUGAAGCACGUGAGUACCAACCGGGCCAUAGAAGGAGGGCCAACAUCGGCGAGAUGA